AUGAAUGUUCUGAUAUAUGUUUUGGCACUGAAUUCUAAGCGAGACUUUUCAAACUCUUCCCAAAGGCUCACAUCGAGUGAUUCUUUGGCGCAAUUCUUGGCUGUUUUGCCGAUUUUCCUCAUUUUUUGCAAACCAAAUGUGUAUAAUUGUGGCGUAACUCUCACACAAUCCAAGGGCACUCUGUUUCACACUAAAGCCAUUGCCAGGCGAGAGAUUCGCCAUUCAAGCGGUCACUACAACAUCAGUCAAUUGAAUGAUAUGAACGACUCUUCCAAUUAUGGCUUUCAGUCCUCCAAUAGUGACAGCACAGGGAGGAAACGGAGGGGAAAUUUACCCAAAGAAUCAGUUAAAAUACUUCGGAUGUGGUUAUAUGAGCACCGAUAUAACGCCUACCCCUCCGAUCAGGAAAAAUUAUAUCUCUCUCAGGCGGCAAAUCUCUCCAUUCUUCAGGUUUGUAAUUGGUUUAUAAACGCGAGAAGAAGGAUAUUGCCAGACAUUAUCCGCAAAGAAGGCAACGAUCCUCUUAUGUUCACAAUAACCCGCAAAAGCUCAAACAGACGUCAGAGCAAUGUUACCGACUCUUGCAAUGGUUCCAACUCUUCUGCAUCUGAAGAUGGAUUUGGAUAUAUUGUCACAACUAAUAACAGACACUGCACUGACGACAGUCAAAGUUCUGCUGAAAGUGAAAUCGACGCUCAAUCAGACAACGGAAGCACUACAAGCACUGCCAUUAGUUCAUAUGGCAGUACCUGUAGUAGACCUCCCAGCACCUCAUCAUCUAGUGGUACGUCUUGGACGGACUCACCGCUCAAACUAACGAAACGUUGGCGAAAGAAUCACGAAGAGGACCAGAUGAUGGACCAGAUUCGCCACCAAAGCAUUGGCAGCACUCACUACUCAGGUAAUAGUCGUAAGCCAAGCGCUCUGGACCUGUCCUUCAGCCCUCCCCGAAGCUCAAACACAUCGAUCGUCAAUUGGCUCAAUAACAGCGCUAUCGUCAGUCAGACGUCGGCGCCAACAGUUGACACACAGAUGUCUCCAUUGCCAUCACCAACAUCUUCAUCAGAAGAACCCUUCAGUUGUCUGUACCUCUUGGCCGGAGUGGCGGUCGGCGAACUCGAGCGACAGACCACAGGCAAUACUAUUCAGAACAUCGCCCUCACAGUCAAGACAUAA